AUGGCCCAGUCCCCGCCGCCGCCGCCGCCGCUGCAGACCCUCGACCCCUGGACCUUACCCCAGGGCUGGGGUUGGGCGGCCGCGCACCCGGACUCCACGUCCCCGGCCUCGUCCUCCUCAGACUCGUCGGGCUCGUGCCCCUGUGACGGCGGCGGCGCCGGGGUCCCCUCGCGGGCCAAGCCCCCCGCCCGCAGCCCGCAGGCCGCCCCGACGACGGCGCCCCGACGCGCGCGCCCCGCCCCGGCGGCCGGCGGGCAGCGGCAGAGCGCCAGCGAGCGCGAGAAGCUGCGCAUGCGCACGCUCGCCCGCGCGCUGCACGAGCUGCGCCGCUUCCUGCCGCCGUCCGUGGCGCCCGCCGGCCAGAGCCUCACCAAGAUCGAGACGCUGCGCCUGGCCAUCCGCUACAUCGCCCACCUGUCGGCCGUGCUGGGCCUCAGCGAGGACAGCCUGAGGCGGUGCCGGCGCCCGCGGCCCCGGAGCAGCAGCAGCAGCAGCAGCGACGCGGCGGCCCCUCGGGGCUGCCCGCUCUGCCCCGACGGCGGCUCCGCGCAGGCGCAGACGCUGACGCCGACGUCGACGUCGACGCCAGCGCGCGGCCCGGUUCUGGGCUCCGUCGCCCCCGCACCGGGGUCUUGGGGGUCCCCGCCUGCCUGUCUAGGAGUCCCAGCAGCGCCCGGAUGCUUGGGGAGCAGGAUCCCCGACGUGGGUCCUUGGGUCUCACCCCCUUACUGCUCCGGGGCGCAGUCGCUUCCGCCAGUGUCCCAACGUAGGGCCCCCGAUGCGGCUCUUUGGACGCCGCCCGAAGCUGGUUCCGGAAUGCAGACGCCCUUGGAGCCCGGGACCCUCGCAGCCCCGGAGCCCGCUGCAGUGUACCAGGGUAUCUGUGUGUCUCCGGAGUCCUGUCUGUGGCCAGAAACCCCGCUCCUCCUGCCCAGCCCGGCGUGCCAGAGACUGCAGCCUCAGGCCCAGUGGGGAUUCUGGAGCCACAGUGCAGACGUGCUGCCCAGCUCGGAGCCCCAGGGACCAGGCCCCACCUUUCCCUUCAGCGACGAAAGCCCUCUCCAGAGCUCAGGCCUGCAGCUCGGGGGCUGCCCUGAACUUUGGCCGGACGAGGGGGGCCACAUGAGCAUCUUCUAUUAA